CACGUCACGUGACCUGUGCUCAUGUGACCGUUCACGUGAAUGCUGUGAUUAUUUAUCAUCAGCAGCUGCACUCACUCAUAAACUCAUUCACCUGCUGCCACAGGCGAGCACGCUAGCAGAUAAGCUAACGAUGUGGACUUCAUUGUUGUUGUUGAGUCACUUCCUGUCGUCUCUGUCGGGCGCUGGUGCCGCACGCUCGGAGGAUGAGGUCACGUUCCUGCCGGGUCUGAGGAAACAGCCGAGUUUCAGACACUUCUCUGGUUACCUGAACGUGGCCCAAGGCAAACACCUGCACUACUGGUUCGUGGAGUCUCAGAUGAACCCUUCGUCGGACGCGGUGGUGCUGUGGUUGAACGGUGGUCCCGGCUGCAGCUCUCUGGACGGACUGCUGACCGAACACGGACCCUUUUUGAUCCAGGACGAUGGAGUGACUCUUGAGUACAAUCCAAACUCCUGGAACAAGAUCGCCAACAUUUUGUACCUGGAGUCUCCAGCAGGAGUUGGUUUUUCGUACUCUGACGACCGCGACUAUGUCACGAAUGACACGGAGGUGUCGAUGAACAACUACCUCGCACUCAAAGAGUUUUUCCGUCUGUUCCCGGAAUUCUCUAAAAACCAGUUGUUUCUCACCGGAGAGAGUUAUGGAGGAAUCUACGUCCCCACACUGGCCGAGAGGGUGAUGGAGGACGCCAGUCUCAACCUACAGGGUGUUGCCGUGGGAAACGGAAUGUCAAGUUAUGAGUUGAAUGACAACUCUCUGGUGUUCUUCGCCUACUACCACGGCCUGCUGGGAAGUGGUCUGUGGACCCGGCUGCAGACGUUCUGCUGCCGCGAUGGGUCGUGUGACUUUUACAACAAUCAGGACCAGAACUGCUCUACCAGUGUGUCUGAGGUCCAGGUCAUCGUCUACAGUUCUGGUCUGAACAUGUACAACCUGUAUGCUCCAUGUCCAGGUGGAGUCGGUGAGAGACUCAGUGUUGAAGGAGGCCAGUUGGUGAUCAGGGAUCUGGGGAACUCGUUCAUAAACCAUCGCUGGACUCAGUUGUGGAAUCAGAAGUUACGAGGCCUGGCGUCAGUUCACCUGUCGGUGCGUCUGCAGCCGCCCUGCACUAACUCCACCCCCUCCACCCUCUACCUCAACAACCCGUACGUCAGAGACGCUCUGCACAUCAGCCCCGCUGCCCUCCCCUGGACCAUCUGCAGUUCUGAGGUGAACCUCAACUACGGCCGACUCUACAUGGACGUGAGGAAACAGUACGAGAAGCUGCUUGCUGCUCUGAAGUACCGGGUUCUGGUCUACAACGGUGACGUGGACAUGGCGUGUAACUUCAUGGGGGACGAGUGGUUUGUGGAGGCUCUGCACCAGCAGGUGACGGUUCAGCGGCGUCCGUGGUUCUAUGACGCUGACGACGGUCGUCAGGUGGGAGGCUUUGUGAAAGAGUUUGGAAACAUGACCUUCCUCACUGUCAAGGGCUCUGGUCACAUGGUUCCAUCAGAUAAACCAGCUGCUGCCUUCACCAUGUUCUCCAACUUCAUCAAGAGACUGCCCUUCUGACCUCCGACCUUUUUGUUUUUAACACACCGGUGUCUUAAUGUGUCAAUAAAGUUUCUAUUUGAA